CAUAUCCAGCACGUGUGGCCCGUUGCUUUCCUCUAAAAGUGCCGAAAACAAACUCGAGUCUGAUUCUGGACUGCAGCUGCCUGCGGCGGUACGGCCCGCCUCAACUCGAAGGCCCCAAGUCCACACUCCCCGGUGCCGCGGCGCGAGAAGCGGAGAGGGCUCGCAACGGCGCCGCCGGAAGCACCUUCACCCAUCCAAGCAGAUGGAGAAACCAGAAUCUGGAGUUGAACAGAAGUCAGAACCAGAUGUUACUGAAAAGUCUGUGGGAAUGGGCAUUGACCUACAGAAGCUAACUGAGGAAAUGCAAGGAUUGGAGGUUAACCAAAAGCCUGUGCUUGGCUCAGUUGUGGAAACUGGAGGAAAGCAUACUGAUGUGGAGCCAAGAAGAGAGAUCAAUCAAAAACCUGUGGAGACAUGCCAGGACACUGCUGUGGAAACUAAAGGAGCCAGUCCGGAAGAAAAGGAGACUGGUAAUCCAGCAGGUGUUAUUUACCGCUGCAAGAAAUGUCGGAGGAUGGUGGCAACACAAGAAUAUGUUGUUACCCACAAAAUAGGUUCAGGUGAGAGUCGUUUCUUCAGGCGCAAAACGGAUGACAAGCAACCUGAAUGUACCCCUGCCAUCUUUGUGGAACCUAUGAAGUGGAUGGAAGCUGUGGAAGAGGGAUAUGUUUCACAGAAGCUCUGGUGCAUGGAUUGCAAGACCCGGCUGGGAUCCUUCGACUGGGCUGGUAUGCAAUGCAGCUGCGGAGCCUGGGUAAUUCCGGCUUUCCAGCUGCUCAGAAGCAGGAUUGAUGAAUGCCAGAUGUAAUCAGGCAACCAUUUUUUUGGGGGGUUGCUUAGCGCAACAUACUCCAACUUUUAUUUGGAAUGCCCAGUGUAGGCGCUAUGUGUUGUGUUGUUUCGCUUGUUUGAAAAGAUGAUUUAGUUCAGCACUAUCCAAUGUUUAUUGUCUAUUGUCAGCAAUGUAGGGUCACCUUGUAAAGUAGGAACAAUCCUAGUGGAUAUAUAAUGAAAUCUAGCUCUAGCUUUGUUUCUUCGUUCUUUUGAAA